CACUACCAUGUUAUUAAAAGUGCCAUCUGUUGAUUGGACGGACCAAAUAGUUUAUGUGGUGGAUGACGACGAAUCACUUUCUGAUUUCGAUGAUGAGCCCGAUUUCUCAGAAUAUAUGUGGAUGGAGAAUGAGGAGGAAUUUGAUAAGAACGAACUUCAACGACUGGAGGAGGAGGAAAUAAUGCAAGAAUGCUUUGAGGCAAUGAUCGAGGAUGAGCUUGAAGAGCAAUUAAAUGAGUGGGAAAAAGCCAAAACGGAAGAACAGAACACGGCACUAUCUGCACUGCCGAAAAGUCAAUGUAAUGUUGAGAAAUCUGUGCUAAAUCCCAUGGCCGAUGAAUUCGUACCACUUUGCCAUCAAAUUGAUUUCAUAGCCUCGUAAACCCGACCCAAAAUAGUCUGAACAAUUGAACCUCACACAACAGUGUUUCAGUAACGUGUCUGAAGCGCUAUGCAAUUCAAAUUCACAAUCGCAAUAGCUCGAUAAACGUUUAUAUAUAUCAUAUAUUCUUCGCCCAUGUCUUUCAAAAGAGUCCAUUUCAAAAUAGGCAACAGUGUCAAAAAUUAAAAAAAAAAAAAAUACAGAUCAAAAUUUAAAAAACUACGCGCACAGACACACACAUGAAGAUACAUUAACCAACUCAAACGAAAUGCAAACGAAUACCAUUAACAAAAAAUUAUAAAAAAAAAAAUUUUAAACCGAUACAAAAUAGAAAAAUAUAUAAAAAGAUUCAAAAGAAGAAAUCUACUUAACUCAAAUUACGCGUAUCAAAUUCCUCGUUUAACAAGACAAUUUUUGCUAUCUGAAUAGAAUUACAGACGUGCCGUGCUAAAGCUAGUGAAACUUUCGUAUAAACGUACAAAACUUAAAUUAAAAACAUUUUAAACACGACUAAUUGUGAACUGCAAUUUCAAUUUAGAAACCUAAAAUAAUUAUUAUAUAUACAAAUUUCCAGACAAAGCAAAUGUUAAAACUACAAGACUCAAUUGUGUUAGAGAAGAAACUGAAAUCGUCACGUUGAAAUUCGAUUCAAAGACUUUAAUUGUAAUUAGUUAAAAGCACCUGCCCACGACAUCAACUCGCUUUAAGUUCAUUGUUUUUCUAUUUUAUGUUUCCCAUUGAGUGUUUGUUAACUCGUUAUACGUUCAAGGUUUAUUAACAAAAAUUUGCGACUUUACCCUCUUUUUGACUCGCAUACUUGUAAUUUGAAGUUGUAAAUAAGUAACAAAAAAAAAAAA